AUGGCGAAAAAUUUUUCUCGUCUUCCACCGUUACCAGCUUUACGUGAUUUUAUUUAUAUGUAUAAUAUUCGCGCAAAAAAAUUACUUUCUCAAAAUUUUCUCAUGGAUAUGAACCUUACGAGAAAGAUUGUUCGAAAAGCUGAAAUUGCGAAAAAUGAUUUUGUUAUUGAGGUUGGUCCUGGACCUGGUGGUAUAACUCGUGCUUUACUUGAAACCGAUUGCCAAAGAUUGGAUGUUAUUGAGGUGGAUCAACGAUUUCUACCAGCGUUACGUUUAUUAGGAGAAAUAAGCGAUGAGCGAUUACAUAUACAUCAUGGUGAUAUUUUAAAAAUGAAUAUAAAAGAUCUCUGGACAAAAGCAAAUGUUUCUCGAGUUGAUUGGCUUACUGCACCACCAGCAUUACAUAUCAUUGGAAAUCUUCCUUUCAAUAUUGCUACUCCUCUUAUUAUUAAAUUUCUUCGUGAAAUGCAUCAUCGAUCAGGUCCGUGGUAUUUUGGAAGAGUACCUCUUACUUUAACAUUUCAAAUGGAAGUUGCACGUCGUUUAAUUGGGUUAAUUGAUUCGGAUGAUUGUUCAAGGAUUUCCAUAAUGUCAAAUUUUAUCACUGAACCAAAAUUAUUGUUUAAAAUACCUGGCUGUUGUUUUGUGCCAAAACCCAAAGUCGAUGUUGGUGUAGUGAAAUUUAUUCCGCGUAAAGAACCUUUAAUUGAGUGCGACUUUGACCUGGUGGAAAAACUUUGUCGACAUGUGUUUAUUUAUCGUCGAAAAUAUUGUAUUAAGACUCUUUAUCCAAAAGAAAUUUCCGAUGAAUUGGCUCAUGAAUUACUUUCACGUUGCAGAAUUAGUCCUAAACAAGCAUCGUUUCAGUUGGGCGUCGAGCAAUUCGCUGAUUUAUGUUUAGUUUAUGAGGAACAAUGCAAAAGGUUGCCUGGCUUGUUUCUUUAUGAUUAUACUAAACCGGAUCGUACAGUCGAAAGUUUGUCCAAUUUGCCGAAUGCUAUACCUCCUAAGUAUCCUUUUUCUAUUUCGAUCCCAUCUUGUGGUGUAUCUUUAUUUGAUUCUGGAGCAGUUUUUCAUGAAUAA